AUGGAUUCCAAAAAAUCAGUUGCCUUCCUAUUACUCCCUUAUCUUUUUCCUUCAACGGUAUUAAAAGCCAAUGGCCAAAGCUCAACAAAAUUAACAAAAAUUGAAGUCCAAGAAAAAUUUAUUGCACAUUUUGAUACGCUAGAACAAGCAGAUACAGAGGAAAGAAAUUCAACUGAGUUGCAGCCAAAGAUUAUAUUUGUUGCACCAUUCACCAAUUUAAAAGCAAAUGUCACACUGUUUGAUAAAAAAUAUACUUUUGAAAACCCGUUAGAGGCUAUAGAAUGCUGUUUUCUAAUAUACAUGGCCUUAAAUGUGGAAUAUUCGAAAGAAACUAAAUUAUUUUAGAAUUUUAUUCAAAAAUAUGUAUUCAA